CCGCGGGACGGCGUCGAGGUCUGGCUGCGGGACCUGGAGCGCGAGAACGUGCCCUGCGCCGUCGUUUCCAAGCUUCCCGAGAAGAUGCUCGAGGGCUGCCUCGACCAGCUCAACCUCACGCGCUACUUCGGCGACCGCCUCGUGUCCGCCGAGGACGAGCGGGACCGCGCGCAGCAGGCCUUCCUCCAGGCCGCGGUGUCCUUGGAGCGCCAGGCGUCGCGCGUCGUCGUGUUCACGGAUAGCGUCGACGACGUCAUCUCCGCGCACGAGGCGGAGAUGCGCGCCGUGGGCAUCAUGGGCGCGUCGCCGGCCUACGAGCUGCGCGUGGCGGACCUCGUGAUCCGCGACAUGGAGGAGAUGCGCCUCGCGAACAUCCGCAAGAUCUUCUCCGACGUCGAGUUCGACCCCGUGCCCGAGCUCGAGCUGCUGCUCGAGCAGAAGCCCAUCUUCAGCGACGUCGACGACUACGACGACGACGACGAGUUCUACGACUAG